GGUGGGAUCUUCAAAGAAGUGGGUUCUAUCCAGAAUCUUAUCCACAAAGACCGUGUACUUGCUGCAGUCACUGAAGAAACGACAUACAUGAAAACAUUACUAUCUGACCGUAUUCGUCAAGUGCAAGCCCUUGGUGAAAGGAAUAAUGAAGCAUCAUCUUUGGAAUCCAACAGCAAGAAUUUUUUUGAUGAUGAGCUGCAAAGCGGUUUAAAAACUGUUCUUACAUGGGAUGAAAAUAGACGACUUGCAGUGCAAUUAAGCCAGGAAGAGCAACAGCAAAACGUUACUGAGAAAUGGAUUCACAUGCUGCGAUCUUUGAUGGAUGAAAGAGGUCCUUGGUCUGCAACUCCUUUUCCUAAUAACAUUGUAAAUCACUGGAAACUCGACAGGACAGAAGAUUCAUGGAGGCGUAGACCAAAGUUGAGAAGGAAUUAUCAAUUUGAUGAAAGGCUGUGCCAUCCACCGUCUACUUCCAUUGCCACUGAAAAUGAGACCACAAAAGUUAUCAAUGAAAGCAAGUCUGGUGUGAUACAUUUACCCGAACAGAUGAAGAGAUUUUUACUGAAAGGCAUUCGCAGGAUAACCGAUGACGGUGGCUCAGAAUCUUGUGAGAACGACGAUAGUCAAAGUGAGCAAAAUUUACUGGAUACCUCUGCAGAAAUCCAGUUCUCUGAGCUUGUGAGAAGCAGUAGUGAUCUCAAGGAUGUUGUACAAGAUAAAGUAGAUGCCUCUUCUUUAGAAGUUGAAACCAGCGAGGUUUUGACAUCAGUUCCUUGUGUUCUUAUAACUCCCAAGAGGAAACUGGCUGGUUGUUUGGCAGUUAUGAAAAAUGUUUUGCAUUUUUCUGGGGAGUUUUUGGUGGAAGGAACUGGUGGAUCAUCUGUCUUCAAGAACUUUAGCAAUUCAAAGGGUGGUGAUGUAACAAAACCUGACAGUAAACAGAACCUUGUUAAAUGGUCUUCACCUUAUGAGAGGGAGACAACCUUAGAUUUAGAAUCAGAAAAGAAUAAUCAGAGACCACUAAAAAAGUUUAAGCGUCACAGAAGAUGGAAAAUAGGGAAGGUGAAAAGUGUUCACUGGACGAGAUAUUUGCUUCAAUACACAGCUGUGGAAAUUUUCUUCCAGGAAUCUGUGCCCCCAGUUUUUCUAAAUUUUGCAUCGCCAAAGAAUGCAAAGGAGGUCGGAAUGUUAAUAGUUUCUACCAGGAAUGAAUUUCUGUUUCCGAAGAGUGUUGCUAGGGACAGGACAGCUGUGAUUUCCUUUGUUGACAGACGUGUAGCUAUGGAGAUGGCAGAAACAGCGAGAGACAGAUGGAGAAGAAGAGAGAUUACAAACUUUGAAUACUUGAUGAUUCUCAACACCCUUGCAGGCAGAUCCUAUAAUGAUUUGACUCAGUAUCCUGUUUUCCCUUGGGUGGUGGCUGACUACUCAUCUGAGACUCUUGAUUUUAGUAAAGCAUCUACCUUUCGUGAUCUUUCUAAACCGGUUGGAGCUUUAGAUUCAAGAAGGUUUGAGGUUUUUGAGGACAGAUACCACAGCUUCUCUGAUCCUGAUAUACCUAGUUUCUAUUACGGGUCCCAUUAUUCAAGUAUGGGAAGUGUGUUGUAUUAUCUGUUGAGAUUAGAGCCAUUUACAUCUCUUCAUCGUAGUCUACAGGGUGGUAAAUUUGAUCACGCAGAUCGUCUUUUUCAAAGUAUUGAGGGGACAUAUCGAAAUUGCCUGUCAAAUACAAGCGAUGUAAAAGAAUUGAUCCCUGAGUUCUUCUACAUGCCUGAAUUUCUGGUGAAUUCCAACUCUUACCACCUUGGAGUGAAACAAGACGGUGAACCUCUCGGAGAUAUUUGUCUACCUCCAUGGGCUAAGGGUUCUCCAGAGAUGUUUAUUGCUCGUAAUAGAGAAGCCUUAGAGAGCGAGUAUGUUAGCUCACAUCUCCAUGAAUGGAUUGAUUUGAUAUUUGGACAUAAACAGCGUGGCAAACCAGCUGUGGAGGCAGCAAAUAUCUUUUAUUACCUUACAUACGAAGGUGCUGUUGACGUAGAAAAUAUGGAAGACGAACUGCAAAUAUCAGCAAUUGAAGAUCAGAUUGCUAAUUUUGGUCAAACUCCAAUCCAGAUCUUCCGGAAGAAACAUCCGAGAAGAGGGCCCCCUAUUCCAAUUGCACAUCCGUUGUACUUUGCGCCUGCUUCCAUCAAUUUGACUUCCAUUCUUCCCGCUACAACUAACCCCCCAUCAUCAGUUCUAUAUGUCGGUGUAGUAGAUUCAAAUAUGGUUCUUGUUAACCAGGGUCUCACUUUGUCAGUCAAGAUUUGGUUGACAACUCAACUACAUUCUGGCGGAAAUUUUACUUUCUCUAGCUCUCAGGAUCCAUACUUCGGAGUUGGUUCUGAUGUUCUCUCUCCCCGUAACAUUGGAAGCCCCCUUGCAGACAAUGUUGAACUUGGAUCACAAUGCUUUGCAACAAUGCAAACCCCACUGGAAAACUUUCUGGUUUCAUGUGGGAACUGGGAGAACAGUUUUCAUGUCACAUCCUUGACUGAUGGACGGGUAGUCCAGAGCAUCCGACAUCAUAAAGACGUCGUAAGCUGUGUUGCAGUGACUGCUGAUUCAAGCAUUCUUGCAACUGGUAGCUAUGAUACGAUUGUGAUGGUGUGGGACAUUCUUCGCAUGAAAACACCUGAAAAGAGGGUUAAAAAUAUGCACGCAGAAGCACUGCGGAGAGAUAUCGUCCUCGCGGAUGCUCCUUCUCAUAUUCUUUGUGGUCAUGACGAUAUAAUAACAUGCUUAUAUGUCAGCACUGAUCUUGACAUAGUCAUCAGUGGGUCAAAAGAUGGAACCUGUGUUUUCCACACAUUGCGAGAAGGAAGAUACAUAAGAUCCUUAAAACAUCCCUCAGGCAGCGCAGUUUCGAAGCUUGCUGCAUCGCACCACGGACGGAUUGUUCUGUACGGUGAUGAUGAUCUCAGUCUGCACCUCUAUUCCAUUAACGGAAAACAUCUCGCUAGCUCCGAGUCAAAUGGACGCAUCAAUUGUCUUGAACUAAGUAAGUGUGGAGAGUUUUUGGUUAGUGCCGGAGACCAAGGACAAAUAGUUGUUCGGUCUAUGAACUCCCUUGAAGUAGUAAGGCGGUACAACGGAGCUGGGAAAAUAAUCACCUCUUUGACUGUAACUCAAGAAGAGUGUUUCUUAGCAGGGACAAAAGAUGGAGCCCUUCUUGUUUAUUCAAUCGAGAAUGCUCAACAUCGGAAACCAAGCCCAAUCUGGAGCAUAAAAUCCUGAAGCAGAUUUUGAUAUGUUCUGUAUGUAAAUCUGUGUCCCACGAUUCCAUUGGUUCUCGAUUUGUGGCUUAUCUUGUAGACCGCAGAGGGGACUUUACAAACUCUUCACUGCCUUGUAAAUGUGCCGUAUAUCUCAUCUUAAUAGAUUUAAGAUGCAUAGACAAUAGAGAGGUGUUGAUUGAUGUAACAGUACCAUAUAGAUAUAUACGCCUUUGGUGCGUUUAAAGAGGUAAUACGAUUUGUAUGCAUUGCUUGGGGAUUAAAGUAAAAUCUAUACAUCUUUCCCAUAGCA